CAAUAAUGUGCUGAGUUGGCACACUCUCACAAAUUGUAUCAUGGAUUUUUUUUAACCUCAUAUUGCAAUGUCUUGGACAUUAAUUAAUAUCUUUGACUCAUGUAGUUUAUUUCAAUAGUGUCUCGUGAAAAUUCCUUGCCCUAUAUAUAAGGGACUUUAUACCAUAUUUUAUUGUGGCGGAGGUGAACAUUUUAAGCUAUCUAGCUUAGCUUCCCUUCAAAACCUUCCUUCUCUUCUCUUCUCUUCUCUUCUCUUCUCUCAUAUUCAACCUACAAAAGGAAUAUUACUCAAACAUAUUCCGACACCAUGACUCACAGUGACAAUCCUAUGAUUUUCGUAGUUGGUAUUCUAGGUAACAUUGCCUCCUUCUUUUGCUUUAUAGCACCCAUAUCAAUAUUUUACCGAAUUGUUAAGAAGAAAGCAACCGAUGGUUUCCAAUCAGUUCCAUAUGUGGCUGCACUCUUCAGUGCCAUGCUUUGGAUAUUCUAUGCUUACAUAAAAACGGGUGAAAUGCUUAUCAUCACCAUCAAUUUAUUCGGUUGUGCGAUAGAAACAAUUUACCUCGCCAUCUAUAUGAUUUACUGCCCCAGAAAAGCUAGGAUCUUCACAGUGAAGCUGGUUUGCUUGUUAAACUUGGGUGGAAUUUGCUUGGUUGUUGUUCUAACACACGUUCUAGCAAAAGAAAGAACAGCCCGUAUUGAACUUCUUGGAUGGAUUUGUGUAGUCCUCUCUACUAGUGUUUUUGCAGCACCUUUAAGCAUUAUUAGAGUGGUUAUUCGCACCAAAAGUGUAGAGUUUAUGCCUUUCACUCUUUCACUCCUUCUCACAAUAAGUGCAAUUUUGUGGCUCACUUAUGGUAUUCUCCUCAAAGAUAUCUUUGUUACACUUCCGAACUUUGUGGGUAUCACAUUUGGAACAAUUCAGAUGGUAUUGUAUGCAAUAUACCGAAAAAACAAGCCUGUGAAUGAUGAAAAAGUAGCGGAACACAAAGAAGAUAUCAAUGAUAAUCAGGUACAGGUAAUAGUGAUUCCUACACAAAACAUGGUUGAUGUUGAAUUAGGGGAGAAUAAGGAAGAGAAACAACAUGAGAAGAAACAGGAACAAGUAGAACCAAGGGAAGGCAUUGAAUUACAACAACAGAAAGAGGGUUGAUUUGAGAUGUUUGAUGAAUUGAAGGGAUACAUAAUACAUACUUGUGCACAUGUAAUGUCUAUGUUUCUAUAUAUAUUUCCCUCUGCUCCCAUGUGUGUUGCUCAAAUUCAUGUAAAAUCUUAUUUAUGGGGGGUAGAGUUGUCAAUUGAUAUACUAUCCAUCUAUUAUUAUAUCAUAGUUAGUUUUAUGUUUUAUA